CAUGAAUGUCUACAGACCGUAAUAUUUACAGUCUACGCUACAGACUUAUAUUUUUGUAGGUAUGCUUACAGUAGGUAGUGACUUGAUAGUUUUAAACGGUACUUUAGUAGAAUGGUUUUCUAUCGGGAAUAUAACUUUUAACUUGGACAACUCAUUUUUGAGUUAUUUUGCCGAUAGACUUAAAAGUGUAUUGAAGAAAACUGUCGAGGUGACAUUGUCGACCCGUCGUGAGGUAAAUGACUUCAGUCAAAAGUAAUGUGAGUCUGUUAACUCUACAAUGUUAGCGUCAAUGUGGACAGCGAGACGUCUCUGUGGGCUUUCUCCGGACACACGUGUAGUAAACAUAUUGUUAGGCCAGGUGGUUAAAGGAAACCACUUAGGUUGUUCUCCUGCACUGACAGCGUGGAGGUGGAGACCCCCCGGUGGUACCAGAGGUGUCAGCACCUCUUGUACACUUUGUGCCAAAGUCCGAGGGAACCCGAAGAAGACGGAGAUCUCUGAGAAGAAGCUGACCCGUCACUUUAAAGACCACCGUUGUGUGAAGCUGGUGGCCGGCUCGGGUGGUAGAGGAGCAUGCAGCUUUCACAGCGAGCCCCGAAAGGAGUGGGGUGGACCAGACGGGGGUAAUGGAGGAGAUGGAGGAAGCAUCGUCAUAAAAGCUGACCGUGUUGUCAAAUCCUUGGCGAGAGUUGUCCCGGUUUACAGAGCAGAGCACGGGCAGUCAGGAGGCAGCAAGAACUGUUAUGGCAAGAAUGGGAGUCCAACCUAUAUUUAUGUACCAUUAGGCACGGUGGUGAAGGAAGAGGGAACGACAGUUGUGGACCUUUCUGAGAAUGGCCAGGAGUAUCUGGCUGUAUUUGGAGGGUCCGGGGGGAAAGGUAAUCGUUUCUUUUUGUCAAAUGAAAACCGGGCACCCAUGACAGCAACCCCAGGACUGGAGGGGCAGGAGCGGGUCCUUCAUUUGGAGCUCCGUACUAUGGCCCAUGCUGGACUGGUUGGGUUUCCUAAUGCUGGGAAAUCCUCAUUGUUGAGAGCCAUCUCCAAUGCCAGGCCUGCUGUUGCUGCUUACCCUUUUACAACACUCAACCCACAUGUAGGGAUUGUCACAUACAGGGAUCAUGAGCAAGUUGCAGUUGCUGACAUCCCAGGCAUCAUCAGGGGAGCCCAUUUAAAUCGAGGCCUUGGAAUCUCUUUCCUGCGUCAUAUAGAGCGCUGUCGUUGUCUCCUCUUCGUUCUGGACAUGUCGUCUCCUGAGCCCUGGACCCAGCUCCAGCACCUGCGUUUCGAACUCGACCAGUAUGAAGCUGGUCUCUCCCGGCGGCCUCAGGCCAUCGUGGCAAACAAAAUGGACCUACCUGAGGCCCAGGAGAAGCUGAAGACUCUACGGGACCUUGUUAGCCAGCGGGUCAUCCCUGUGUCAGCGCUAACGGGACAGAACACAGAGGAGCUCAUCCUCCACCUCAGGGAGCUGUAUGACGGCUACCUCAGAGAGGAAGACCGUGGUGAAGGCAAACCCACCAGAUGAUGGAGAAAGCUUUUUCCUCUUGCUCUUAUUGACUUUUACAUACAGUAAUAUAUACUGGACAAUAGAAGAUGUAUUUAAAGUUUGUAUUGAAUAAAAAAAGGAAACUUGAA